GUAAGCCGGAAGACUCAGGCGCAGUUCCUUUUCAACUCUUCAACUUCGCCCUGUCAGUUAUGUUUGUACAGUUAAACAUCUGACGAUGCCUGUGCAGAGUGUGCCAGUCCGGGACGCGUCCGUUCAGUUCCGUUUGUUACAGCAGUACCUGCUCCUCCUGAAGAAGUACCCCAUCCUCACUAAGUCUGUCACGAGCGGCAUCCUCUCAGCUCUAGGAAAUCUUUUGUCUCAGACUUUGGAGGCGAGGAAAAAGGCCAAGAAUGGAGCCGCGGUCAGUGAGAUUGACACAACUGGAGCUGCACGCUAUGCCAUUUAUGGGUUGUUUAUUACCGGACCAGUGAGCCAUUACUUCUACCAGCUGAUGGAAGUGUGGAUACCCACCACAGACCCGCUCUGCAUAGUCAAACGUCUGCUACUGGAUCGGCUUUUUUUUGCCCCGGGGUUUCUGCUCCUUUUCUACUUUGUCAUGAACGUCCUGGAGGCUAAAGGGUGGAGAGACUUUGAAAAGAAGAUGAAACAAAGUUACUGGACUGCUUUAAAGAUGAACUGGAAAGUGUGGACGCCCUUCCAGUUCAUCAAUAUCAACUUUGUGCCUGUACAGUUCCGAGUGCUGUUUGCCAACAUGGUGGCCUUAUUUUGGUACGCCUACCUUGCAUCUGUGAGGAAAUGAAGCUCUCCUUGAUUUCCUCACUGAGAGACGAAUCUGGAGGAAACUGCUUCUUCACAGCAGCUUCAGCAUCCUACUGGUUACUGCACUACUGUAACCGUGUUUCUAAUCUGGACAAUAAUUCUCACAUACAGCAGCUCUUCUGAUU